GCCCGCCAGUCUGUAGGCCAGAGCACAGUUUUGUAGUACACCCUCGGAAACACCCAUCUACACAGCACUUUACGCGUUCGAAGCUUUACAACCGACGCUACUUCAACCAUGAAACUGUUCAUCGUUGUGGCCCUUGCGCUGGUAGCCGCAGUUGCCGCGCAGGAUAAGUACACCUCCAAGUACGACGGAAUCGAUGUUGACGAAAUCCUGAAGUCGGACCGGCUUUUCAACAACUACUACAAGUGCCUGAUGGACGAGGGACGGUGCACCCCGGACGGCAACGAGUUGAAGCGUAUCCUACCGGAAGCCCUGCAGACCAAUUGUGCCAAGUGCAGCGAGAAGCAGAGGGCAGGCGCGAUCCGAGUUCUGAACUACAUCAUCGAAAACCGCAAGGACCAGUGGAAGGUACUCCAGAAGAAGUUUGACCCGGAGAACAAGUACAUCGAGAAGUACCGCGAGGAUGCCAAGAAGGAGGGAAUCAACUUGCCGUCCAAGUAAAGCCCCGGUCCCCACCGUAUCUGGCUGGUUUGCACGCCGUGACCUCGACCCUGGACACGGUACGCCGGACACCGGUUUUCUGCUCCACAAAACAAUCUCGGCUAGAAAUCUCUCCGAUGAUCAACACGUGACGCGCUUCCGAUCGCUACUGAUAUAGUUUCCCAUGUCCGGAUUCGCAUCGCGACCAUGUGCACCUGAUAACCUUUUAGACCUUACGACUCAUUGCCGACAACACGGUGAUGGUGUGUGCAACACCGGCCGGAAGAACGGUGCGGUGGCUAGUAAUUGCCCCAACCGGACAGUGAACAGUUCCGCUCGUCCUUUACCUUUUUACUUUGUGAUACCCACUCUCGUUAACUUUAAAGUUUCUCCCAUUGGAAAGCGAAGUUUGUUAAGUUUUCGGACGGUUUAAGCAUGUGCUUGCGUUUGUGCAGUAGAAAAGUUCAAAAUUACCAAAAAGGAUGUCCCAAAAGG